CAUUACGGUCAUUGUAAUACAAUAACACGUCCCCAUUUAAUCACAAUAUUAAUCCAAGAUGGCGCCCUUAGUAGAUCUGAAUUAUAUAUCCUGGUAUUUCACAGUUAUAUUUGGACUUUUAACAACAGUUUUAUCAGGGUCAGUCGAAGCUCUUUACAGAUCAUACAGUUCAUACAGAUCGUACUAUUCGUACAGGUCAUACAAUUACUACAGUUACUACAAUUAUUAUUACUACAGUGGUUACUACUACGUUGGAGGAUGGAUUGCGGGCCCAGUGGUUGGGACCAUUACGUUCCUGGUGAUACUCGGCAUCAUCAUUGUGAUCUGCUGCAAGAAGGCCCACAUGAACCAGGCACGCGUCACGACAAUAAAUACUGGAGGAGCAAGUGCUACAACAACAGUUGUUAAUCCACCACCGCCACAGCCACACCCUAUGACACAAUACAGGCCACCCCCAGGUCCCCCACCCCCGGGAUAUGGACAACCCCCUCCCUAUCAACCACCUGUUCAAGGAUAUGGUCAAUAUGGAGCGCAACCAGGACCAAUGGGACCUCCUCGAGGACCACCUCCCCCCGGACCACCGCCUCCUGGAAAGAUGGGACCCCCUCCUGGUGGAAUGAACGACCCUGCUUAUCCUCCUCCACCACCAAAUAUGUACGCGCCGCCCCCUCCUCCGGCAGCGUACGGAGGGCAAUCUGGACCUGCACCCCCACCACCGGAUCAACGAUAUUAAUGCCUUGAGUUCCUAAUUCAAUAUUAUGUAUAUUUAUAUCGGCAAAGAACUAUACAACAGAACGUUUACAAUAUUACAAUUUAUUACACACUGUAUUCGAAAACACACAAAUAAACAUGUUUGGCAUGGGAAAUUUUGCGACAAAAUGGCACAUAAUUGAAAAUUGCAAUAAUGAAAAAACACUGAAUUUAAACUUAAUAUAUUUGAUAUCAAUAAUUGACGCGAUUAGCACUUUAAGAGAUCGUUACUGGCUUGAUUAAAAUGAAAUUCUCUCAACACAUUAAUUUCGAUGAUUAUUGGAAACUGAAUUAAGAUUCGAUAUUAAUAUUGUGACUUUCUAGCAGUAUACGGUAUACAGAGAAAAAAGAUAAUCAGAUAACGCAGAACAAUGGAACAUAAUUUCGUUGUGUUCCCUGUAUUUGAUAUGUAUAUAGAAAGAUCCUGCCUUAAUUGAACUUUUUGUGAAAUGGAUCAUACUUUUAACAUAGCUUUUUGUCGUAUUUAGAUCAAAUCCCUUCGAUUGUACAAGCCUUGUCUUCUUAUAUUCUGAAAACUGUGUCCAUAAUAUCAUGCAUAUAAAAUGCAAAAAGAUGUAUAAUCAAGCAAUAUCGCACUUUUCAUAUGGCCAAUUUAUUGAAUGGUAAUAGGUCAAAAGGAAAGUGGAAUACUAGUUUUGUACUUCAGUAGCGUCAUCAGUAUUGGAAAAUAAUUUGUAAUAAAGUAUAAUAUAUUAAAUAAUAGAACUAUAGUACAAUGUGACAGUGCGUCUCCAACUGUGAUACGAAUUGCACAAUAAACCCCUAUGCAGAAAUUGUACUAUAAGAGUCUAAAUGUACAUAAACUAUCCGUCCAUUUCAUAUAUAUGCUGUUGCUCAUAUAUGGAGCAUAAGUUACUUCGUAAAAAUAGUAUAAUAAUUCUUCAAGUUUGUUUGUCAAAUUGUGUGCAAAACUGAUCGUUUUAAAGUUAUCAGUUAAGAAAUAUCGUGAAGUUCUAUUUUUUUAAUUGCUUACAAAAAUGUUCGUAUAUUCUGUGCGAAAAACUGAAAUUGCUUUUUGCAAACGCCUAUUGUUUCUGACGAUUAUGUGAAUUUAUUCUUGAAAAGGCAUGAUUCACGAUAAUUCCAUAGCACAUGGAAAUCGGGAAAAUCAUUGGUAUUGAUUAUAAUCCACAAAUAUACCAAAUAUAUAUGAACAGUUUCAAUGCCAUGUAAAUAUUGUUGCUUAUAAGAUGACCUGAACAAUACAUGUUUAUCCAUAUACAUGAAUAGAAAUAAACUUAUAACUAUACUUUUUCAAAAUAA